AUAUGAGUAAUUUGUGUUAUCGAGUCAUCAUUUCUUUACUUAAAGCUGGUGAUGUUUCAUAUGUUUAUGCACCUCAUGGAAGAUGGCGAAAAACACUACCCAAGAGCAGUUAAGUGACGCGGGUUUCUUUGAAGGGGCCGAAAAGGUCCUUAAAAUUUGGUUUAGCGCUAAUGAUGAUGAGAACAAAAAGGAUGAUGGACAUAAAUGCGACUUGCGUCUAAUUCCACGAUUUGAGUUGGAUUAUGUUCUUCAAAUAAUAAAGGCUUCUAUUGUGAGCUACAUAAGCAAUGAAUACAUAGAUUCCUAUGUAUUAAGUGAGAGCAGUAUGUUUAUUUCGCAGAACAGAAUCAUUCUAAAGACAUGCGGAAUUACAGAAUUGUUGUACGCAAUGAAACCUCUUCUCGAUUUAGCAAAAAAGUAUGCGAAUAUGAUUGAUGUUAAGAAUAUCUUUUACUCGCGGCGAGAAUUUUUACAACCAGACAUGCAACAAGGAAUUCACAAAUCAUUUGACGAUGAGGCAAAUUUUUUAAAAAACAUCUUUCCCGAUGGAACUUCCCACGUGUUCGGGAAAGAAGAGUCAGACAGAUGGUACUUGUUUUCAAUGAACCAUUCAAAAUCAGGAUCACCGUUGACGGAUGUCACCUUAGAGAUACUGAUGUCUGACAUGUGUGAAAGAACAAUGACACAUUUCACUGAAUCCAGUUAUGGCAAUUCUGAUGAAUUGAUGCUGAACACAGGGAUUUCUUCGCUUUUUCCUGGUUCCAUGCAUGAUGGUGUGAUUUUUGAUCCUGUUGGAUACUCGGUGAACGGUUUAUUAGACAAGUUUUACUACACUAUUCAUGUGACGCCACAGCCAGACUGUUCUUAUGUUAGCUUUGAAACAAACAUACAAAACGAGAACUAUUAUGAACUUAUAGCGAAGUUGGCAGCCAUUUUCAAACCAGGGAAGUUUAUUGUGACUCUAUUCUCGAAUAGAGAGGUAAUCUGUGGUACGGCGAAAAAGGCGUUGAGUCCGAUAGUUCUACGGAAUUAUUUGUGCAAUCAUGAAAAUUUUAAACAACUAAAUACAUAUUCAAUCGAAUACAGACUCUACACAAAAGAUGAACUACUAAAAGAGCUUAAUACUGAAGUGUAAUAUGUUCAUAGAAUUUUGACAAAUAGAAGUUUAUGUAUAUUUAUAAACUGGAUUUUUUAAAGAAUAACGAAUUAUAUUUAUUAAUAUAAUUAUAUUUAUUAAUUAAAUACAUUUUUUGUCUAUUUGAAAA